AUGAGCCCAUCGCAAGGUCUGUUCUACUACCCAGGCCGACUCCGCAUCCCAGAAGCAUCCAUCAUCACCGAACUCGUCACCUUGUACCCCCAUGAGCUGGUCCUGCUUUCCCUCUCGAACCCUGGCAUCGAUCCGGCGUUGCAAGGUCAAGUCGGGCGACGGCGAGCUAUUCAAGAGCAAGAGCAUGCCAUCCAGGCGGCAUCGCUCGUGAUCAACGUCUUGAGCGAUGUUGAGGCUAGUGUAGUGGAUCAAGUCAAAAGCUCGUUGUAUUCUGGGUGAGUGAGUGGGACGUAGCUCUCCCAAAAUCGGGUCGUUGGGUACAGAACAUCCCCCCACAUCGCCCCCCCUCUUCUAACCGCUGGGUGUAUGCACUCCCUGGCUGACCCAUCUGCUGGACCAACGAUUAUCAGUGCAGUCAUCUCCUUCUACCACGCCCUCGACACGUUCCCCUACACGACCCAAAGCAAAGGAUACCUACCCCUCUCCAAACCACCUCCAUCCCCAACCUCCUCAUCAUCCUCAACGAAAACCCAAAGUUCCAUCAGCCUCGAAGCGCCGAUCGAAAUCGCCGAAGUUCAUCUCUUACCCGGGGUCUUGCCGCCUGAUCAGAGUGAGAAUGCGGGAGUGGAGUUGUACAAGGAGAAAGAUUCGAAUGUGAUGCGUUUCAGGGAGAUGAUUGAACGUAGGGUAGAGAGAUUGAGUGAUGGUUAG